AUAUAUAUAUAUAUAUAUAUAAAUAUAUAUUUAUUUAUUUAUAGUGUAUGAUUAAGGUUACUUUUUCUUUUGUCUAUUGAUUAUACAGUGAACAUUUACUCUUUUUUCUCUCUCAAGAUUCAAUUUCAUUCCUAUUCUUCUUCUUUUCCUUUUUUUCUAAAAAAAAACAAAACAAAAAACAAUAGUACACACAUAAUUAAAAUAUGUCUUUUGGUAAAGCUGUUGUAAAAAAUGCUGAUAUGGAACCAGUUAUGCAAGAAGAUGCUGUACAAAUAGCUGCAGUAGCUAGAGAAAAAUAUGAAGUAGACAAAGAUAUUGCAACAUAUAUUAAACAACAUUUUGAUAGAAAAUAUGGUAGAACAUGGCAUUGUAUAGUUGGUAAACAAUAUGGAAGUGAUGUUUCCCACGAAGAACGAUCCUUCAUAUACUUUUUUCUUGGAGAUCGUGCAAUCUUAUUGUAUAAGUCGGGCUAAAAGCCAUGUUGAAAUCAUCAUGACAUCAAUAGUUUUGAUAUAUAUACCGAUGUUAGCAAAUCGCAAUGUUCCAAAAGAAUGAAAUCAUUACGCUUGAUACUUUUAAUAGACAUCUGUUCAAUUUUUUCUAUCUCAACAAUGUAUUCAUAGUAUAUUUUGAUGUUUAAUUUGCUGUAGACUUCUUUUAACCUUUUAAAAAUGGAUAAUAUUCUGUGUUGCUAGGGUAUCAUUUUAAAAUAUUAUAAUAGUAACGAUUGUAAGUUUAUUCUUACAAUCAUUACAUUGUUAACUUUAUAUUCAAUAAACUGAUCAAUAAACUGUUUAAUUUAUUUCUUUCCUUAUCAGUUGCUAUGCUAUGAAAUAGUCUUUUAGUAUUUUACGGUAUGAAUUGAUUUUCUGUACUAACUAAGCUGAUCUUAAUCAAGUAGAAAAAAGCAAAUAGAAUAGUGUAAAAUACUUUGAAAAGUAAUUUAGAAAAAGAUCAGUGUGUGUGUGUGUAAUGUAACUGCAGUCCUGAAUGUCAAUGGGAAGAUUUCAACAAACAAUAUCAAAUGAAUUUAAACUUGUGAUAUUAAUGAAUCAUUUAAUACUACUAAUUGGUUAGUAUAGUUUUGUUGAUCUAAGAGACAUAAAUAUGAGUGUAGAGCCAUGAUGAUAAACUAAUUGGAUAGAAACGUUUCUUUGCUUUGUUUGUCUUCCUAUGAAUUAAAGUUGAUAAAGGGGGAAAAGACUACAAAAGGCAGUCUGAACAAAGUUUUAUUGUUAUGUAUUAUAAAAAACGGUCAUUAUUCUGAUGCUUGAAGUGAUGAGACUAUCAAAGCAAUAGAAAU